AUGCCCCGAGGUCGCAAAUCCGCCACUCGUCAUGGCCACAACCCUUUACAGUCAACCCUCUCAUUCAACAACAAGUCCGCACGGGUGACAAAGCCGAGCGCGAAAGCCCAGAGAGACGAACACGCCGCUUCGGUGAAGAAGUUGACCGAGCUUGAAGAUGAUGGGUUGAAGACGGAACCGGAAGAGGUCACAGAUGUGAAAAAUGAAUCAGCAUCCGAAGAAACGGAGGAGAGCCUACAAGAUCUAGAACCAGAUGCAGAACCCGAGGAGGAGGUAGCGGUGAAGGCGAGAUCCAAGAAGAAGCAGAAGGCCAAGUCAGAAGGCAAGGAUGAGCGUGAACUUGCGGCCGAGAAAGUCACGGAUGCGCAACUGAAGAAGUACUGGCAGGCGGAGGAGGACAGUCGGCUUGCUCCUAGAGUCCACCAAUCCGACCUCUCCCUCCACGAAAAGAUCCUUCGCCACUUCGACCUCUCCUCUCAAUACGGGCCGUGCAUCGGCAUCCCUCGUCUCCGACGCUGGCGCCGCGCAAAUACCCUGGGCCUCGAGCCGCCCGUCGAAGUCCUCGCUGUCUUGUUGAGGGAGCAAGAUCGUACGAAGAGCCAGGGAUGCGGGAAGAUGGCGUAUAUUGACGAAUUGAGCAGCGGACGGGUUGUUCUGGUGGAGUAG